CGUAGUGUUUAAAUUCUCUUAGUCCACAGGGGGUCAAGACUCAAGACUCGAGGCUUGAACUCAAAAUUUGUUUAUUUAUUGUACCUAUAUUGGAUUGUGUGGUCCCGCUCAAAAUUUUAUUCAAAUAUUUGUUGAAUGUACCUAUAUGUUGUGAAUUGUGCUUCUGUUAAGUGUUUAGAAUUAAGAGAAAAUGAGACGUUCCAAUACCGAAUUUACCGAAAUCAUAACAGACAUUUUUACAAACUGUCACAGUUUCUGGGAAACAAGAAAAGUUUAUUCGAAUACAUACCCUGAUGAAAGUGUGCCCUCAGUUCGAACUAUUGUAAGAGCUUUAUUAAGUGGUCCUUAUGUAAAAAAUAAAACUGAAGAAGAAUUUAGUAUAGUGAAAGAUGAACUCAUAUUGCAGUAUAUAGGUGAAAGUUCUUAUAAAGUUUCUAUAUCUCAAAUAGUACUUUGGUUUUCUGUAAGUAAAGAUCAUGUGCAGAAACUAAUUCAUGGUGAGCAGGAAGAUGAAUCGAAAGACAGGACAUAUGAUACUGAUAGCGAUGACAGCGAUGCGUCUCUUAAUGCUGCUUCCAAAUACGGUGGCAGAUGCAGAGAAAGAUGUUCGAAGCUUAUACCAGUACUGUAUAAUGAGCUUGAACGUAACAAAUAUCCCAUUGUAUAUACGAAGAGACUGGACGAUAUGGAUGCCCUUAAUGAUAAUAUAGACACUAAAGAACACAUUCAAGAGUUUAUGCUUAGACUACACACCGAAAGUAAACCAAAAUUUGACGGAAUUAUAUGGAGAGCACAGGCGAACGAAGUACGAAAUUAUUCUUAUAAUACUUUAGAUAAUAAAAUUAGUAUAUGUCAGUCGAUACUGAGGCCUAAUGAGGGACCAGAUGACAAAGAAAUUAAGGGAGAACCCGAAACCGGAUCAAGCAGCGAUUUAAAUAUUGGUCUUCAAGAUAAUCCUUUAUUACGCAGUUGUCUUCUAUCUUAUGAUAGUAGUGAAAUUGGUGCCGGAUUAUGGAUGGAAAGAGGUGGUCCCUUACCAUAUCGUAAAGAUGAUUCUUUAUCUUUACGAAACAAGAGGUUAGAUGGCGAUCGAACGGAUGAUGUUAUUACAAUCGAUGAAGAUGAGGUCAUUGUCAUUAAUGACGAUCAUUCUAAUGAUACAGUUCCUUCUCACAGGAAGAACGAGAAUAGAUUGCUAAAAAAAAUACUUCAAACAGAUAAAGAUAAAUUCGAAAUAUACGGUGAUUUAACGAACUCUAAAACCUCAUUAGGAAAGCUUGAUAAAAUAUGUAGAGAACUGAGUUUUACGAAUAACGCCGCCGCAGUUGCAAUUAAAGAUUUAAAACACAAUGAAAUUCAUAUAUACAUAAAUAACGUGUGUUUAAAAAUUAUAGAUAACAUUGUAGAUAUUGAAGUGUUGUUAAAAGAACAAUUUGGACACACGCACAUUAAGUUUUUAUGUCUCAACGUAUGCUGUUGGGCGUUUCAUACAACAGUGUUGACAAAGAUUAGCAGUUAUUAUAGUACUAAGCUUAUAAAGCCCAAUCAUAGAUGUCGAAGAGGAAAAUGUGACUGUUGUUGUGAUAUUGAAACAUUCAGAUUUGAAAAAGAUUGUGACGAUUUUAAACUUGACAAUAUUCAAUGUCAAUUUAGCAAAGACCAAGAAUGUAACAUCACAACACUUUCAAAAGAAAAGAUAAACAUAAUCUCGAUGGCAUUAAAUUACAAACCAAAUAUCAAAUACACUCCUCCUAUAAAGGCUACAUUUAAUAAUUUCUCUUCGCAGUUUAACACGGAUGCCAACAAAUCAAAUUUAAAUUAUACCCCUUCUACAAAGGCUACAUUUAAAGAUUUCUCUUCUCAGUUUGAGUCGGAUGCCAAAAUUGUGGAUAUUGAAACUUUUUUAAAAGAUAAUAAAAAAAUGAUAAUAAAAGAAUGGUAUAUUAUAGACACAAAAGGUGAAAUUUGCAAUCUAAGAGUUACAAAAAUAGCUACAACAGGCUAUUGCCAGCCAUUUUGUUGUAGCAACACACGCAAGGAGCAUAUCAGAAAGCUUACUUAUAUUGAACCACACACAAAAAGCUUUUUACUAGGUCUAGAUAUGUUUUCAGAACAUUGCAACGAAUGCACAAUAAAUAAAACACAAACAUCUGUUAGUCGUCCAUUUUCAAAAAUAAUGGAAACCAAAACAUCAAUAUUACAGCAUUCAAGUGGAGUUUUCAAUACUCACAUCAAUAGAAGUGUUAUCGAGUCACAUCAUGAUAUAAGAAAUCUCCCUCUAGAUACAAAUAUCUCUCCUAAAGAAACAUCCCCAUCUGAGUUAGGUCAAACUACUAGCUCAAAUUCAGGGGUUGAUCCACGAUAUAUUCUCAACAAAAACGUUUUAAAUAACCAUAUAGUUGCUAAUAAUUUUAGACUAGACACAAAUGUUAUAUUGGAAAGUUCUCAAGAAGCAGAGAUAAACCAAAUGAUUUCAACUCUACUUUAUAGAUUUAAAAAUGUCCAAUUGACGCUUAACGAAGAUGGCAAAGUAGCAGCCACAAUUCAAACACCUUUAAGUACGCUGACAAGUUCGGAAUUAACAAUUUUACGAAAUAUACUUGAACAUGCACAAAAUCAUGUGCAAGCUAUGAAUUUAAACAAUAAAAAUAGUACAAAUAUUACUUCUACAAAUUUUCCUAUAACCACAGAUGAUUUGGAAAAUGUCCCAACUGUUGACUUAACCGAUGAACUGCAACAACCGAAUGAGAAAGAAAACAUAACCCAAAUUUCGGGCUUAGAAAGUAAUUCGAUUUAUGAUAAUUUUGAAUGCUGGCUCAUCAAAAAUAAUAACUCUUAUAAAAAAUCUUUUUUAUCAUACGUGCAGUACUCAGAGAAUGAUAGACCUUCGGAAAUUGAUAUCACAAGGGAUGAUGAAUCAUCUACUCCUCAAAUAGGUAAAGUUUUUUCUCUAAAACAAUUCAUGUAUAGAAAAAAUGAUCAAAAACAAAAACAGCAAACAGUUCCCGCAAUUGAUAUGGACGAAGCCAUCGCGCAUACGAAAAUCGUAAAAAAGUCGGAGGCACCUACAGGUACCCCAGUUACAACUGGGAUACCUAAUAAGCGCAAAAUACCGCUUAAUCCUAGUCCGAAAUGGAGAAGAGUAAAGCAGAAGAAAAAUGAAGAAGUACAAACUUAUAUAAUAUUAAAUCCAAGUCCAUUAUUUGCAUUACAACCUAAUACUUUCCAAACUGUUAACGUUCAAGAAAUGUUGAAGAAUAAUUCAGACACUGUCGCAUCAAAUGGAUCAUGGCAACCUUACAGCAUAGUAAAUUCAUUACCUCCUCCACCAGCAUUAAUACCUAUUCAAUCAGCAAUGCCUGUGAUACAAACAGUUUCUUCAUUACACCAACCACAAAAUAUUUUGGAAGAAGAAAAUAAUGUAACGCCCGAAAAUGAUGUUGAAUUCGAAGAAGUGAAGGUCGAACCAAUGGAACAUAUUAAUUUUGAUAGUUAAAUCGUUUUUAACAAUUUAGAAAUAAAUCUGUUAAAUUUAUUUGUUAAUCUGAUCGCGUAAAUCUUCUAACUACCAGUACUUGAACUUUUUUUACUGUUAGCUAGUUAGUGAGAAAUUCUACGUUUUUGUUAAACAAUUUGUACAUUUUCUGCGAAUAAUUGUGUUUGUUACUUAAUUAAUGGGCGUAAGGAGUAUAAAUGAAAAUUUUAAGAUUGUGACUUCAUCUUAAUUAUACUCGGUAGCUCUCAAAUGUUUGCAUCAUAUUUGUUUCUGUUGUAGGUAUUGUAUACCAAAUAUGUAUAAUUAUUUUAUAGGUUAGAUUUAUAAUUCAUGUGUAAAUAUUGACAAAUUAUUUGUGUUCAGGAUUACGUGUAAAGAAAUGCUUUUCUUUGAUCUCAAA